GGCAGGGCCGUCGCCGGGCGGCGCUUGCUCGGAGGCCCGCCCGGCCUUUCCUGCUCCUGCUCGGUCAGUCUGGUGCUUCUGCCGCUGCUGCCGUUGCUGCUUUGACGGGCGGCGGAGGCCGGAGCCGGGCUGUGGCGGUGCGGCGAGGCCGGGGCGAUCGGGGCCCGCCGGGCUCCUCCUCCUCCGGCGGCUGCUCGGGCUGCUUCUGCCUGGGCGGCAUGAAGGGCAAGGAGGAGAAGGAGAAGGAGGGCGGCCUCGGCGGCGGCGGCGGCGUUGCGGGGCUGACGGGGAGCGGCGUCGGGCCCGGCAUGGGUCCGGGCAGCGGCGGAGGCCUGGUGGGAGGCAGCCCGGAGAAGAGCCGCAGCGCCCAGGAGUACAAGGAGCAGGGGAACCGGCUCUUUGUCGGCCGCAAGUACCCGGAGGCGGCCGUCUGCUACGGGAGGGCCAUCAACCGGAACCCGUUAGUGGCUGUUUACUACACCAACCGUGCCUUAUGCUACCUGAAGAUGCAGCAACACGACAAGGCGCUGGCUGACUGUAAGCAUGCGCUGGAGUUGGACAGCCAAUCGGUGAAGGCCCACUUCUUCCUGGGGCAGUGCCAGAUGGAGAUGGAAAACUAUGAUGAGGCCAUUGCAAACCUUCAGAGAGCGUAUAACUUAGCCAAGGAGCAGCGCUUGAACUUUGGGGACGACAUUCCCAGCGCACUGCGGAUUGCCAAGAAGAAGCGCUGGAAUAACAUCGAAGAGAAACGGAUUAAUCAGGAAGAUGAGUUACAUUCCUAUCUAACCAAACUCAUCAUGGCAGAGAAGGAGAGGGAGUUAGAAGAAUGCCGGCAAGUACAGAAAGAGGAGAACACAGAUGAAAACCGAAGCCGGGCACAGCUGGCAAACAUCGAAACCAAACAUGAAAAGUAUCUGGCAGACAUGGAUGAGCUGUUCUCCCAAGUGGACGAGAAGCGAAAGAAACGGGACAUCCCUGAUUAUCUGUGCGGGAAGAUCAGCUUUGAACUGAUGCGAGAACCUUGUAUCACACCUAGUGGGAUCACCUAUGACAGGAAAGACAUAGAAGAGCACCUCCAGCGCGUCGGCCACUUUGACCCCGUGACCCGGAGCCCUUUAACCCAAGACCAGCUGAUCCCAAAUCUUGCCAUGAAGGAGGUGAUAGAUGCAUUCAUAUCAGAAAACGGCUGGGUAGAAGAGUACUGACAUCACGAGGGGAGAGGCCGGGCCCGCCUGCCCGCCCCCUCGCAGCAGCCCCAGCCGUGACAGCGAAGGCAUGUUGCGGACUGCUCUCUGAGCUAGCUGGGCCGGCAAAAUGCCUUACUCACUAUCUGUUCUGCUGUUUGUCUCUCGUUCCUUUCCCCCGUUUUGAGACCAGAGCUGCAUUGCCUUUGUUAGAUUAGAGCAUUGGCUCCGUGGAGGGCAAGGGUCAUACAAUGGGCUUGUUCGCUCCGCUUCCAGCCAGCUUUCCAACAGGGUGAGCACAAGCAAGGCCCCCAGUUUGGCCUUCAGAAAGGUAAGGAAACCCAGCCCCUUAGGGGACAUGCCCCAAGAGGGUCUCUCCAGCAGCUGCUUUUGCCGAGGGCCCUGAGGAGCUCUCUGAAGUCUGGGACUCCUUCGGAAGCGGUCUUGGCAUCUCAGAACGCUCAGGAGGAAAGUGCUUCUGGCGGUCUGGCGAACAUCUGUUUCCUCCUCAAACUGCUGCCACAGGCCCAUCUCCCGCAAGUGAAAAACUCGCGCAAACAGGCCGCGCGCUUUCCCUCGCCCUCUCCCUCGCUUGCUUCGAGCUGUCAUUUCUUGCCUCCUCUCUGUCUGUACAAAGUUUUGCAUUUCCAAAUUACAUCUCCUGUCUGUCUGGAAUAGCUGUUGUAAUCUUUGUAAAUAAAUAGUCUCUUGUUUCAGGGGA